UUUGAUUCAUAGAGUUGACACAGGACUCAAAAGCAGUGCCUUAGAAAGCAGCAGCAUUAUGGAUGGACAGACUCCAAAAGGUCUGGAGACUCAAGACUUUUUUUGUUCCUCUGAAACCCUUGGGAACCUGCAGUAAUUUAUAGACUGACUGGUAAGAGCCAGCAGCUAGGAUUUGCUUUUCCUUCUUGCUCUAGGCUGUGCUGGGGAAAGGGUUUGGAGGAGAGGUCUGAUAAGGUGUCCCUCACUUCAGGUGACAGGCGAUGAAACUCAAAUGACACCGACAGAAACUGAGUAGGAAGUACUGAGACACCACUGGAAAAUCAGGAUUUCACAGAGUUGCAGAGCCAUGAAACUGUACAUCAUCUUCUUCCUGGUAGCAGUGAACAAAGAAACCUCUAACUAUCAACUCUCAGAGAGGACACCCUGUGAAAUGGCAAACUCUCAGGCAUUUUGCCACAACAAAGACCUCCACCAAAUCCCUCAUGAGCUCCAUCCAAAUGUAAACAAAAUAGAUCUGUCGGGAAAUCUGAUUCAAAGCAUUCCUGAAAUGUCCUUCUCAUUUUACACUUCCCUUCAGUGCCUGGAUUUAAGUUCUAACCAGAUAAGCUUCAUCACUCCUGGAGUCUUCGCACACAUGAAGAGUUUGCUGGAAAUAAAUUUAGCCAACAAUCACUUAUAUGAGCUUGCUCAAAAUGGCACAGAGGGAAUUGGACUCCUACCCAAGGUGGAAAUACUGGACUUGUCCCACAACAGUCUGUACAAUGGGAUGGCUGAGUAUUUCAUUAAAGAAGCUCCAGCACUGCAGUAUCUUUCCUUGGCAGACAACAGUAUUAUAAUGAUAUCACAAAAGAUGUUUCAGGGAUCUCCCAAUCUUGUGGAGAUAGAUCUUCAGAGCAACAUCAUCAUGGAGAUAAAAGAAGGUGCUUUUGAGACUCUAGUGAGCCUGUCCAAACUCAACCUCUCAAAGAAUUCAAUUACUUGCAUCUCUAAUUUUAACCUCAGGCAGCUGGAGAUACUUGACCUUAGCAGAAACAGCAUUGAGACCUUCCAUACCACAAAAUCAGAUGAUGAAUAUAGCUUAAGGUAUUUGGAUCUGAGUGAAAACAAACUGUUUCACUUCCCAGUGUUCCCUCAGGUAAAUAAGCUGGUAACUCUGAAUUUAUCACAGAAUUUAAUCCAGCUCACUGCUGAAUCUCCUCAUAAUAAAAUGGACUAUGUGAAAAAUGAAUGGGUAAAUGCUUCUUUCCAUAUUCUUGAUCAGAAGCAAAGUAGAAACAAAAGUUCUCUUUAUUUAUCCCAGCUUGUAUAUUUAGACUUAAGUUAUAAUGAAAUCAAAUCCAUUCCAGAUGAGUUCUUUGACUCAAUGUUGUCCCUUCACACCCUUAAUCUCAGUAAAAAUUGUCUUCAGGCAUUUGCAGUAAGUUAUGACAGUGCAUUGAUUGCUUUAACUGUCCUUGACUUGAGCUACAAUGCUUUGCAGAACCUUCUCCUUGAUGCUGGUGUGUUGUCAAAUUUGAAGGAGCUCUAUAUUCAAAACAACUAUCUUCAAACCCUGCAGUUUGAUACCUUCUCAAAUCUUCCUAGCCUUAGACUGCUUAAUCUACAGAGCAAUAAUAUCAGCCUUUGCAGCAUGUACUCAGGAUUAGCUAAGCAAAGACUUGCUGGGGAGGAGAGUGGUUGUGUAUCAUUUGUUGGUUCUCCUUCUCUUCAGUACUUGUACCUAGCUGACAACAUGCUGAACGUCCUACCAGCAUACAGCUUCUACAAGACUUCUCUGCUUGUCUUGGACCUCUCCGUGAACCCUGGACUGAAAAUAGAACUUAAAGCAUUAUCAGGUCUGGAAAAGUCUCUGGAAUAUUUGUAUUUAUAUGGUAAUAGCCUGAUAGAUUUAAAUAUUGACUUGCCUUGUUUUAGUCACCUUAAACAUUUAAACCUCUCUGAAAAUCAGCUGAGCUGGCUGCCUAAGUGGGAUAGUGACUCUCCACUAGAAGUUCUGGACCUACGGAACAACAGGUUCAGUACAUUACAGGACAGCAAUAUUUUAGCAUUAGAAAAUUCACUUAAAAACUUGUAUCUCACUGGGAACCCACUCAGCUGCUGUGGAAACAUCUGGCUUUCAUCAAUGAUCCAGAACAAAAAUGUCCAGAUCCCCAACGUGGAGUAUUUAAUGUGCCAGCACACUCAGAAUUUCGGGUACCAGGAUGAAAUGCACAUCAGGAACAUUAGGCCAGAAGACUGUGAAAAAGAGGAUCUGAAGAAAAUCAACUUCCUUAUUAUAUUAACACUUGUGUUGGUUUUAUCUGUGAUCAUCAUUGGUGUGGGUUCAUUUUUUUGCUUCCGCAGGCAGAACUUUACCCAUCAGUUUAAAGCAUAGAAACACAAAAUGCCUUGAAAACUGAAGAAAUUGGGUGCUACACUGACGGUGUGUAGAAAUGAAGGGUAAAAUUCUCAUCUUUGAUUUUCAGGUGUGGAUUUUAAGUGCUUUUGAAGUGCCCCUGAAUUACACCAGUGGUAUGGGUUCCAGGGACUGGAAGGAGAAUUUGCCAUGUUUUGCAGAUCCACAGUUUAAUUCAAAGAGGAGAAAUCUGGCCCUAAUGUGCAAUAUAUAUUUAACUGGGUUUAAUGUGAAGAAAGUCGUCUCUGGGGUGAAAGAUUUUUUAAAAAAAAUCCUGGAGCAUUAAUUUCAAGAAGCUAACAUUGAACUUAAAUGUUUAUAUUUCUAAGAAAAACUGUUGGGAAAUCACUGCAUAUGGUUGCAUUUCAAUGCAGAAGAAUAGUAUAUCUAUUUUUAAAGACCAUGGGAGAUUAGACUGCAAAAAGGUGUUUUGAACGUACCAGUGUGAAAUAAUGCAUAGGGAACACAGUCAUGGGCCAUUAUUCAGAUCUGUCUUUCCCCAAAAAUAUAUUAUUGUCUAGAGAAUGUGCUGCAAGAAAAGUUCUGUAGGUCCUCAUCCUGCGCUGUGUUUAACAUGGCUAGCCUGUUGUGUUGCUAAAAGUUGACACUGACAAAUGUUAUAUCCCAUAUUCUCACAGAAAAUUCACCCUUUUGGGUGACAGUGAGUGGGACCUGACCUGCUAACAGGGUUCAGUGGCUUUGAAAGGAACUGUAUUGGGUUUUCUGUUAAUGGCAGGAACUGUCCAUUCAGGCACAUAAGAGAAAGAGUGGUCAAACUGAAACCUGUCCAGGUAAAUAACUCAGAGUCAAAUUGCUGCUCCGUUUCUGUUUCUUCCAGCUAGUGAAUGUCAAAACUUCCACACUACAAAAAAAGGUGUAUAAUUAUAUUUUUAAAGCAGUUACGUAUGAAACUGGCUGGCAGUUUUCAUUGUGGAAUUUUGUACAAUAAAAACAACUUUGAAUUUUGUAAAAAGCA